CGUUCCCGGGGGAUAAAGCGGGUGCGCGGCGGUGGCUGCGGCGAUGGGCGCGGGAUGGCGGCGCUGGGGGCGCUGGUGAAGAAGGCGUGGAGCGUGCGGAGGUUCGUGGUGCUGCUGUGCGCGCCGCUGGCGCUGGUGCCCGUCCUGCUCAGCCUCCCCCCCAAGGAAGGAAGAUGUCUCUAUGUGAUCCUGCUGAUGGCCCUGUACUGGUGCACGGAGGCGCUGCCCUUGGCUGUGACAGCUCUGCUGCCCAUCGUCCUCUUUCCCUUCCUGGGGAUCCUCCCAUCUAACAAAGUCUGCCCACAAUACUUUUUAGACACCAAUUUCCUCUUCCUCAGUGGUUUGAUCAUGGCCUCGGCCAUUGAGGAGUGGAAUUUACACCGCAGGAUUGCUCUCCGGGUGCUCAUGCUGGUGGGAGUGCAGCCAGCCAGACUAAUCUUAGGGAUGAUGUUGACAACGUCUUUCCUGUCCAUGUGGUUAAGUAAUACUGCCUCCACUGCUAUGAUGCUUCCAAUUGCAAAUGCAAUUUUAAAAAGCCUCUUUGGGGAGAAAGACACAUCUAAGGAUAAGAACAGGGAAAAUGAAGAAAACCAAGCAUCUUUACAGCAGAAUAAACUUUACACUGUACCAACUGAGAUGCAGUUUCUGGCAAGUACUGAGGACAAAGAUCUGGCAGAGGAGAAGGAGCUUUCCAGUGAUGCUCUCUCUGACUUAAAGAAGGAGGAGGAAUACAAAACAAACAUAUGGAAAGGUUUCCUCAUCUCAAUCCCAUAUGCAGCCAGCAUUGGAGGUACAGCAACGCUGACAGGAACUGCACCAAACCUCAUCCUUCUGGGACAGCUGAAGAGUUAUUUUCCAGAAUGUGAUGUGGUGAACUUUGGUUCUUGGUUUAUGUUUGCAUUUCCUUUAAUGCUGAUUUUUCUUCUCAUGGGAUGGCUAUGGAUCUCCAUUCUGUAUGGAGGAAUUAACCUGAGGGGCUGGAAAACAAAAAAGUCAAAUAUAAGAGUGGAUGCAGAAGCCCGAGCCAAGGAGGUGAUAAAGGAGGACUAUCAGAAACUGGGUCCAACAAAGUUUGCAGAACAGGCAAUUUUCUUCUUCUUCUGCAUGUUUGCAAUCAUGCUGUUCUCCAGGGAUCCCAAAUUCAUUCCAGGUUGGGCAAGCUUGUUUGCACCAGGGUUUAUCUCGGAUGCGGUCACAGGAAUCACCAUUGUGAUUAUUCUCUUCUUCUUCCCUUCACAAAAACCCUCCUUCAGGUGGUGGUUUGACUUGAAAGCACCAAACACAGAGACCCAGCCCUUGCUGACUUGGAGGAAGGCCCAAGAGACUGUGCCCUGGAACAUCAUCCUGCUGCUUGGAGGAGGCUUUGCCAUGGCCAAGGGCUGUGAGGAGUCUGGCUUGUCUGUGUGGAUAGGAGGCCGUCUGCACCCCUUGGAGGGUGUGCCACCUCCCGUGGCUGUCAUCCUCAUCACGGUUGUCAUCGCCUUGUUCACAGAGUUUGCCAGCAACACUGCCACCAUUAUCAUCUUCCUGCCUGUCUUGGCAGAGCUGGCCAUCCGUCUGAAAGUAAAUCCCCUCUAUUUAAUGAUACCAGGAACUAUAGGAUGCUCCUAUGCAUUCAUGUUGCCAGUCUCAACACCUCCCAACUCAAUUGCAUUUUCCUCUGGACAUUUGAUGGUCAAGGAUAUGGCAAGAACUGGGUUGCUCAUGAAUCUUAUGGGAGUUCUGCUUCUUAGCUUGGCUAUGAACACAUGGGCCAAGAGCAUCUUCCAGCUGGGGACCUUCCCUGCAUGGGCCAACAUCCAUGCAGAAAAUGCCACCUCACUUGUGACAGCUGUAGAAAAUGUCACUUUAAGUGCACUAAAUAAAAUAUGAACAAAGCCACCCCCGGGGAAGGACUCACUCACUUAGGACUGGGGUGCUGGAAUCGUCAGAGUUUGCACAGGAGGAAAAGCCACGUGGCCACUCACACUGUGUGGGACCUUCUGGUUUAAUCUUAUUUUUUAGAAAUUCUGGUCAGUGUCACAAGAUCCAUUUGUUAUUUUCUCUGGAGAUCUUUCCCCACCUUUUGCAGGUACAAAUCUGACUCUCCCAGAGUCCUUCUGUCACAGGUGGUUGUUACACCUGGACAACCUGUAGGCAUGGAGCAUCUUUGGGUAGAUGCCUGUUCCCCUAUGAGAGCUGAUGAGCCUUGCUGCUCUAGCUUCUGAUACCCUACCUCGUUUUGGAAAGCAGCCCUGGCAUCAGGGUGGAGGCAACUGGAUUAUUUGUGUGCAGCCCAAUGUGAGUGAGUGUAUCAGAAUCUGGCCGGGGAGAAGGCGGCGUGGCCAGGGCUGGGGUCUCAUUGCAUCUCAUGAGUAAUUCUCUCAUGGAGGGUGAGGACUGUUUCUUCAGGUCUGUGUGUGAAGGGGUGACUCAGGAGACAUGAACUCAGUAGGACUCGGUGCAUUGCUCCAUGCUUCGGAAACUGGAAGGCCACAGCUUGUUUCCAAACACGUUCAAUGUUUUGAAAACCUGGGACAGCGAUUGCUGCCCGGUUCUUUGCACUGAGUACAUGGAUGGGGCUUUGGGACCAAAUCAAUUUCUGACAUAACUUUGGACAAUUGGUGGUGUUCCACCAUUGGGGACUGUGGCCAGCCUUGGGUUUGUGAGAUUGACUCACUCACAAACGACCUGCUGAGUCACAGGUCAGUGGACAAGUUGCAUUGGAAUAUUAUUGACAUUUCUUAAAAAUAGGCUUUGAUUCUUAACGUCUUUCUAAAUCAGAUUGCUUGGGUACUUUCAAUGAAAGCAUUGCAAAUUGACUGUGAUUUUAAUCACCAUUUUAUCCGAUUAUUUUUAUUUUAUUUUCUGUAAGAAUAUAAAAUAUUAAACUUAAAUCAUCAGUCAUUGAAAUAGAUGAUUGAAUGACAAAGGAUCUGAUUCUUGUUUUAUGGAAGGUGAGUGACUGGAUCCCUGUGCUGGGACUGUUUUUUCUGACAAGAUGAACUGGCCUGGGGCAGGGAUCCAGUGCAUCCCCCUGCUCCUGUGCUGCUGAUAACCCCCAGGGCCAGGUGGGAGGGCUGCCAGGGAGAUGCUCACCAGCCACAGCUGCUGCUGCAGGGGUUACCCCAUGGGGGUUACCUCGGGGUGAUGUGGCAGGUGGGAACUCAAAGAGGUUCAUCCAAAAUCGCCAAAAGCAAUUGAAUGUGGAACUUUGAUCAAUCAAGUAAAAAAAAAAUUCUUAAUGUUCAAACAAAACCCUUAAUGAUUGUGGAAAAGUUAAAAUAAAGCACGUUGGUUAGCACUUCACAUAGUCCUGUUUGCUCUGUAGUUUGAGGGGAGAAAAGCAAAGCCCGAGCCUCCCCCUGCUCCAGCUCCAUCCCUGAUUUGGGCAGUGGCUCCCCAGGAGGAGCAGGAGGGCAGUGCAGUCCUGUUAAGCAGCCAAGCAAUGGGAAAACCCCUGGCCCAGCAUCUCAGGGCUG